AUACUGGCGGGGGGAGGGGUGGGGUUUAGAGGAAGCGGAAGUGUCAGAGCAGGCGGAAGUGGUACUGCCCUGAAUACCCUGAGCAGCGAGCGGAGGACGGCUUGAUAAACUCCCAUCGUUCAGAGAAUAAAAUCGGGAUUCCUAGUACGCUCUAAAUCCUAAAAAAUGGAUAAGAACGACCUGGUGCAGAAAGCCAAGCUGGCAGAGCAGGCUGAGCGCUACGACGACAUGGCGGCUGCCAUGAAGUCCGUGACGGAGCAGGGCCUGGAGCUGAGCAACGAGGAGCGUAACCUGCUCUCUGUCGCCUACAAGAACGUGGUUGGGGCCCGUCGUUCAUCCUGGCGCGUCAUCUCCAGCAUCGAGCAGAAGACGGAGGGGAACGAGAAGAAACAGCAGAUGGCACGCGAAUACCGUGUGAAGAUCGAGGCUGAACUCCAAGAAAUCUGCCAGGACGUGCUGAACCUGCUCAGCGAAUUCCUCAUUCCCAAAGCAACUCAGGCGGAGAGCAAGGUGUUCUACCUCAAAAUGAAAGGAGACUACUUCAGAUACCUGUCAGAGGUGGCCUCUGGGGACUCAAAGAAGGACACGGUGGAGAACUCUCAGCAGGCUUACCAGGACGCCUUCAACAUCAGCAAGAAGGACAUGCAGCCAACACACCCCAUCCGGCUGGGCCUGGCCCUCAACUUCUCCGUCUUCUACUACGAAAUCCUCAACUCGCCCGAGCAGGCCUGCUCUCUGGCCAAGCAGGCUUUCGACGAGGCGAUCGCCGAGCUCGACACCUUGAACGAGGACUCGUACAAAGACAGCACGCUGAUCAUGCAGCUACUAAGGGACAACCUGACUCUGUGGACAUCAGAAAACCAGGGCGACGAGGGCGAAACCGGCGACGGAGAUAACUAGAGCGCACUUCACUGUUAACCCAUCCCCACUCUCUUCCUCCUCCUUUUAUCUCUCUUCCUCUUUCUUCUCUUCUUCCUCUCUUCGUACACAUAAACAGCCCGUUCAUUCCCUCGUCCCACUUUUUCAAGCCCAGCCUCCCGACUUCCCUUCUGUAUAACCAACAGCAUGAAUAGUACCUGACCUUCACAGAUUAAAGAAAAAAAAAAAACAAAUUAAAGGAGGGGGGAGAAAGAGAAAACUACUCCAUCAGCCCACGACCCCUCCAUCCCUCCUCCCACCCUCCCUUUUUAUCACGGCACUCCAAGGCAGGCCAGCAGACUCAAACCACUGGCCGGUCUCGUCUUCUAGCACGUAGGGAGGGUUUUUUUUUUUUUUUGGUUUUUUUUUAAAUCCAAAAAUCACAAAUGAAUUUAAAGUCUUUUAGAGACCACAGUCCUCUGUUUUUACCCUCCUCAUCUAACCCUCCUCCUCCUCCUCCAUUCCUUCCGUUCUUCCCCUCGCUCCUCUUCCCUCCUUCCUAACAUCUCAGUACGUUCUCUCACCCUCCUCCCCUCCCAUCCCCUCCCCUCCCCCCCGUCCUCUCUCUAGCGAUUUUAAUGCAUUUAUAUAGUUGUCCAUCCCUUCUCUUUUUGGCUUUUCUUAGUGUACUGGCGAAUGGCUGGUUUUAUUCCACUUUAAACAAAACGAAAAAAAGGUUAUUAAACUGUCCGUUUAUUUUCAACAAACACUGUGAUGCUUAGUUUUUCCUCCACCUUUCCACCGGAGCCUCGGAGUUUGAGGUCAAUAAACGACAUUUCAGCCGGGAAGAGGGUGUGUUUCUGAAGCAGCAGUGCCAUUCUGCUGAGGCUUAUACAGAAGGGUCCUCCUACAAGGCUGUAUUGUGACACUGACGAAUCUAAAAACAAAAGCGUUUUACCUGCUGCGUAAUCAAACACUCACCGUUUUUUAUUUUAUUUUACUCUCUAACCGGGACCUCCCCUCCUCCUCCUCCUCCUCCUCCUCCUCCUCCUCCUCCUCCCGAGUUUAAUUUGACGCCAUUCUGCAUAUUUCCAGUUCGGAGCUAAAAACUGAUCUGAAAAAUGUAAAAACAAAUAAAAAAACAAACAUACAUUCCAUCUUGAAAUGUUUGGGCCCGCUCCCUGUGGGUCCACCUCCUCGUGUCAAGGUGCUGUUGAACAUCAGCUGUCCCCUAAAACUCAAUUCCUUAACAUGUUUUCAUUCCCCUCCUAUUUGCGGUUGCUUUUUUUCUCCUUUUUUUUUUUUUCUCUGUGUGUGGUUAACAAAUCAAACUCUUCUUUCCGUUUUUUUUGAAAAACUGUAAAAUUGUAAAACAUUUUUAGAGCUUAACUGUAAAUCUGUCUUUUGGAAAAACAAGAAAAAAAAACGGUUCGUCGAUGUUGUUCGUUAACACCUGCUUGCAAUGAAAACCUUGAAGCCGUUACAUUCCGCUGUUUUUUUUUUUUUUUUUUUUUUUUUUUUUUUUUUUUUUGCUUUUAGUGUUUUGGACCCGAUCGUGGUCUUCAUUGUGUUUUUAUUUUUUUUGGUACUGAUUCUUGCCCCGUUUUUUAAAAACUGCUUGUUCUGACUAGAAACGUUUUCCCGCUCGCUGCUGAAUGCUGUGACACGCCGCCAUUUAUCACCGCGUCAAUCUACCGCGAGCGUCGAGUGAGGAAUCGUUCACUUAAACUUCCUGCUUCCUUAUUUCCAAAAGUGUGAACGUCAGUGAGGCAGUUAGGCCGAAGUCCUGAUCCUGUGACCUUGAUCAACAAACAGACUGUAAACCUUUAAAAUGAAAGCAGUCCAGACCGGUUACAUUCCUCCGCCAAGACCCACCGAUCUCAGCUGCACGUUAGAAAAAACGCUACCCUCCGUGAAAACAUAUUUAAAUCUGCUAGAUGUGGAUUUUUCCUUCUACUUCCUGGCCACCAAAAUAAAAUCAGGAUCUGGACCAGAAGUUGAUGUGAUCUGAUCUGGGCCGAGAUUUGUCCUCCAUCUGAACUUCGUGGGGAUUUGUUCAGUAGUUUUUGUGUAAUCCUGCUGACAAAACAACCAGCGUGAAAAAACAAAAAAGCUUCCUGGUGGAGGAAAAAAUCCAAAAUCAAGAUUUAACUGUUAAGAGCUUUUAACUUGCGACUUCAAACUUUUUCUGGAGGUCGCGUCUUUGAGUAACAACAGCAAGAAAGACGCAACUAAAUCCAACAUUUCAUGCGAGACGGGUCCUGUUCUCAGGUCACACCUGGCUGACUCAUCACAUGUUAAACAUUAAUUUGGAAGAAACAAGGAAGUGGUUAUUUUAAGUGCGUCUGUCGGUGCAGUUCUGAGUCCACGACAGCCAAAUCUCCCUGCAGCCGCUCAGCCAAUCAUCUGUUCGUGGAAGGGAGAGAGAACCUGUAGUUUGGAUCACGGUUAAUAUUUUCAGGCUCUUUGUGUCAAAUCGAUCUUUUUAGGCGAUCCUACGACUGCAUUUAUUAAGAAAAAAGAGAGAAAACACUCUGCAGUCAACUGUAACUUUCCCCAGCUCGUUUUCAGAUCUGAACUUUAACAGUACGUGUAUUAAAACUAGUUUAAAUCCCGAACUAAACUAUUUAGUCGCAGACUUGUAGAAGAAAACGACAGACCAGAGAAGAGACGAGGAGUCUGUCAGAAGAAAUACUUGAGAAUUUUUCUUUUUUUUUUUCCCCCACUCAGUGUCACAAUAACCUUGUCAUUAACCAUCUCGACAUUCCACUCUGUAGGUGUAGAAAAGUCACGUGUCUCAAUGUUUUUUGUUCUGUUUUCUUUUUGCUGGGGACAAAUGUUUUCAUGCACUGAAAGUUUAAAAGGUUAAAAAAAAAAAAGAGAAAUGAAUUAAUUCCUCCCUGCCGCUCUUUUUCUCGUUUAGCUGAACAAAAAAAACAAAAAACAAAAACAAAACAAAGGCAGUUCUUCUUCGCUUUUUAAGGAAAAAACUGAUCCCAUGCAGUAGUGAAUGUGGCACCGAGCCUGUCUGUAUAUCUGGUAUCUCAAAUCAUUUUGUUUUUACUGACCAGUAUUCUGCUUAAAAAUAAAAAAAAAAGGAAUAAAAAAAAUAAUAAAAUAACCCAAAAAAAAACCAAACGAAAAAAAAAGUUUGCUUCUGUGACGGUUUUAUUGCUUAGCGCGCACGUGGUUGUGAAAAUUUAGACUUUUAGCUUAAGGACACCAGUUAAAAACGACAAAAUGACAAAAAAAAACAAACAAACAUGACCCUUCAACACCUUUUCCCCCCGCACCCUGGUUAUUGACGUAAUACUAGAUUUGUGUAUGUCUUUUAAAAAAAAAAAAAAAAAAAAUCCAACUCUAGUUUCACCUUACAUGUUAUAAACAGGACAAAAAUGUAAAAGACAAUUUAAAGUGAAAUAAAGGUUUUAUCAGUUCCGAA